CAGGUUCGUUGUCUUCUGAAUUGAGCUUGGUGGAGAUCAAGAAGGCGUCCGCGGCUCCGAGAGAGUGUGUUUCUACCAUGGUCUGCUACCUCACUAUUACUUAGGUUAUUGCGGUACAUGGCACAGUUUCCAAGAUUUGAAUGACCAGGUUGUUCAUACCACACAGUACGAUGCAACCGUCACAAACAAGUAACGACAAAAAAAUAAAAUGAAAAAUGUGAAGCAUAAAUUCAGCGAUUGAAAUCGAUGAAGUUUUUUUCAUGGAAUAAUAAUGGAAGCGAAGGUCGAAAAUACAAACGAUGUGAUUUUUAUUGUGAUUCAGAAGGCGUUUGAGUGUUUUAAAAAUGUUUUUUCGCGCUUUAUUGAAAAACAAAGCAAAGAAUACUAUUUAAGGUGUGUUGAUUCCAUCACAGCAUCUUUUCCAAACUACACAUGUGACCGUUGUGGUCUGUCGAGUGGUGCAUCAAAUGCAUCAGUUUAUACUGGAAACGAACUCUGCUGUACAUGUAAAGAAAAACUCAUUCAUCUCAUUACGGUUGAACAUUUAUCAAAGAGCACAAACUUAUCAAACAUAAAAUGGGCCGACAUUGACAACAUUUCAUGGCAGCUGUUUAAGUUUUAUAUUGACGAUCCAGGACACAUAGACACUUCUUCCGCUAGAGCAGCAGGGAUAAAUGCUCUAUUUCAAAUAUGCAUGAACCAUGUUGGAAUUAAGCGGGUGUAUGGCGACGAGUUAUGCUUGGUAAAGGAGAUAUAUGACGAUGUUCUGCAGUUACGAGCCGGGAAUUUUUCAGAAGAGAUUUGUCAACGUUUAAUUAGGGUCAUUCAAGCCACGUGUAAAAAAUUUGCCGUAAGAAACAGCGAAAUAGACUUGAAGUCUCAAUUAGACUUAUUAUGCUCGAUCUUAAGACAUGACCAACAUGUCACAUACGAAGACGAACUAGUAGCAAGAAUGCAGAUUAUUCAAGAUUUGAAAACUCAAAUAGCCAUAGAAACUGUCAUUGGCAAUUGUAACUGCAAUGACAAAUUAUCGAAUUUAACCGUCAGUUUGGGAAUUCACCAACGGUCACUAAAGACCUUGACAGAAGCAAUUAAUGAAGAAUUUUGUCGUGUGGAAUCGAAACUUCAGGAAGAGCAAACGGUCUUGAAAAACAAGCAAGACGCCUUGAAAAAAAACAAAGACAACUUUAAUAAAUACAUGACGGAGGUGGAGCAGUUUCCACAGCAAACUACUGUCGAUAACAAUAUCUCUGUUAACAAAGAUUUAUACCAUAGCGCCAAUGAAAAACAUACAUUUACGCUAGUUGCAGAUAUGCAUUGCGAUAUGAAGGAAUUAAUCAAUGGACAUGAUGAACAACGCAAUUCAAUUUUGAAUAUCAAAGAAGAUAUUCGUGAGAUUAACAGAACUGUUGUAAAUAAAAUACCUUGGAUUGUACUGCCCAUGGUUAGAGAAAACACAGAGUUGACACUGAAAUUAUACCCAACUGGCUGUGAAAAUGAUGAAGUGAUAGCCAAUAAUCUAAUAACUGCCGGACAACAGUUGUUGAGAGGAGAGAUGCCUACUGACCUUCAUUUUAGACAGUUGCAUCAUUUGUUGCAGACUAUACUAGAAUGUUUGCAAGACGGUGGAAACCAAAUACGCAACAUCACGCGUGGGUGUGUGGCUAUUCACAUUGCCUGCCCAACACUGACAAAUUUAAUAGCAUUGUGCGAAAAGUAUUUAAAUGGCAGCUUGACAGAACUAUUGCAACCUUUGCAAGACUACUUACGGACAUUGCCAGGUUGCAAGGAUGUGAUUAUCUUACCUAUCAUCUUUGAAAGAGAUUACUCGAGAUGUAUCAUGAAAAUCGUUACGCAAGUGAAGAUUGCUUUAACCAAAAAACAAAUUUCCUCUGCCGAAGUUAAUUUGGGGACGCUGACAGCCACAGAAGCUCAUGACAAUGACAAUAGUUGUACAAUGGUUCGAGACACAGACGGCUUAGAAGUUACAAAAUUACAUCACAACAUUAAAUGUAAUCUACAACCCCGUGAGGCGAUUGAACGAGAACAAUUCCAAUAUUUUAACGGUGAAAGAAGCGACAUAUUUAACGAAUCUGAUGAACAAUGUGUCGAUAUGAGAAACGAGGCAUAUUGUAAUGUUUCUAGUGGAAACGAAUCACCAAAUUCACAAACAGCCAAUACCAAUUUGAUACGUGACAUGCUACAAAACAUAUUGGUUCCAAGCGAUAUCCCAUUGGCCAGACCAUUAGGCAAUUUGGAUAACGAAAUACAGUGCAAUGGAAACAGACACACGGGCAUAGCAUCAAAGGAUGGCGAGAAAGACGAAACAUAUUUUAACGGAACGGUUCCAACUUACACACUAAAUGAAGACAAAGUGAAUAACAUCGGAACAUCAAAUGUUGAGAAAAGAGAAACUCAAUGUACCCAAUCUGGGAGUAACGACGAGUCAUGUUUAGAAAAGCAUGUUCAUGAGGAAAGCGACAUGACAAUAAAAAUUGGAAUAAAUGUCAUCAAAGGAAACAAUAGUAACAUUAAACAUGAAUUACCAGCUAAGUACCACGAGAGAGACUUCAUCGAAGCUUCAGAAAUCACUGAAGAAAGGAAUCAUCAACCGGACCGAGUAUCUGCAUCUAGAGACAUUAUUAAAGCAGCCACAUCUGAUAUUUGUUGUGACAUAGAAGGCGAUACAUGUGAUGGAAACGUGAAUGAAUUUGAUGGUUUCGAGAUAAUACAGAAAAGUUCUGACGAUUACGAAUUUAUCGAAAAAGACAUGUUUACAACAAAUGAACAAAAUUUUGAUGUAAAACCAAUGUGCAUGGAACAGCAAAACGAAGAAUAUGAACGCUCUUGCGAAGAAAUCCGAAGGUUGUUAAUCGAACAUUACCGACAAAGCUGUGUUGUGCCGGUGUCGAUGCUGGAUCCUGACAUAUAUGUACCUUUAGAGCGGAUCUAUGUCCCCCCCUCCAUCCAGGAACUUAAGAGAGGCCAGAAAGACAGACAUGGCGGGAGUGAGAUGGGCACGACUUUAAGGGUGAAAACAGAUGUCAGUUUUUACAGAGAGCUGCUGCAUCAUGAUGGGAAUCCGGUUAAUACAAUUUAUAUCCAAGGCGAUCCAGGUUGCGGGAAAACGACGUUUUUAACAAAGCUUGUUUUAGAUUGGUGUAAAGCCCAUUCUGAAAAUGGUGCAAGCACUUUGGAAAAGCUCACCAGUAAAGCCACUACCAGAGGUAUGACGUCAAACCCAACAUAUUUCAGCGAUCUUGAAACUUUGCGAGACUGGACAUUUCUGUUCUUUGUGUCAUUGCGUGAUUACAGCGGAUCCAUGUGUAACGUCAGUCAGAUGGUCGAGGAUGUCAUAAAAAGCAACAAACUACCUUGGAAUGAUAGUGUCUGGGAAUAUAAAUGUAUUGUUCUGACAGACGCUGCAGACGAAUGGUACCACCCCGAUAUAUCCAUUCCUCCGCUAUGUGACUCUGUGUGCAAGUGCUGUAAAGACCGAAGUAUGCCGCUGUAUUUACAACGAACAAACAUUACCAACAUUAUAACCGCACGACCGUGGAAACUUGCCAAUAAAAGCAUGAGCGAUACUUUGACACGUAUGUUCGAAAUUUCCGGCGUUACAAACCCCAAAACCUUGGCGGAAAAUGUCAUUAAUGUUUUAGCUGAGAAAGCCUUUAUUUCUAAGAAUGAUCAACAAUGCUUGGUAGAUAAAGGAGAGCUUUACAUGAAAUACUCAGCAUUUAUGUAUUAUAUAGGGCAACAGAAGCUCGACGAGUUACUGUUAUCACCAAUGAUGCUCUCUGCCAUUGUAUGGUCAUACGCAAAAAGAACAGAACUCAAAGGCUCUAAGUGUGAAAUAUACACCAUCUUACUGGAAUGUCUGUUUAAGAAAGCAAGCAGUAAAACAUGUGAAUUUCAACAGCCCCCAUUUGCGUGUUUCACAGAGACUCAAUACAUACAACCAAAUAUAGAACACGUGAAUCGUACUGCUGACGUAGCAUUUCAUUUGUUGUUUGGGUGUACAAAACACAAUUCAAUGUGGUUUAGCAUUAACGAAUUAGAGAAACGGAUGGAUAAACGCGAAGACAUGGAAUUUGCAUUGAAAUCCGGAAUUUUAACGAUAAGACGCAAUGCUUCGGCACUGCGCCCAUCGUCACAAUUCAAGUUUAUCCACAUGAGCAUUCAAGAAUUCCUCGCUGCUUAUCAUAUCGCCCGCAAUACCAAUCUCAUUGAUGCCGUCAUUUCCGGAUAUCUUAAAAGUCAAAAGAAUGCAUAUCUCGACAUAUCAAUGGUGUUUACAUUCCUGUGUGGACUUGACAUAUCGGCUGGGAAUAGGCUAUCUAUCAUAAUGAAUGCACGAGUUCCUGCUGAUGUAUUGCAAUCAAAUGAAAGAAAAGUGUUUCAAGACAUCAUACUGGCUGGAUAUAGAGAAGCUUUGGAAAAUAAACAAACUGCCAUUUCCCUCAAACUCAGUCACUUCUUCUUUGAUGAGCACAACAUAAAUCUUUACAGCCUUUGGAUAAAUAACGCGCCCAAUGCACUUUCAUUGGAAGUUAAAAGAGAAUUGAAAAUGUUGGAAAACAGACGAAUUUCACCUGCGAGUGACGAGUCUGCAGUUCAUAUGAAGAUUGACUUAUCAUCGUGCCGAAAGUUGAAAUCAUUGCAAUUAUUGGGAAACGACAUACUGCUUAAUGAUUCUGCCUCUUCGGCCACAUGGCAUCUCCAAGUCUGGAUUGUUCUAAACAGUGGCGACCCAGUCCAGUGUACAGACCCUUUUCCGGUACUGCCGUCCAUUGAACUCAUUAUAUUGACACGUGUCACGUGUUCCUCUACCUGGCUACGCAGUCUGUUCAACACGCUGCUGACACUCGAUCAUGAGGUAAAGUGUGAGCUGAAAAAUUGUAAAAUAACAUCGGGUGAAGAGGGAGGAGUCAGCAAAUCAUCUACAGAUGGAAACGUAUCAAUAACGACCAGUAUAAACAAAACAUUCGCAAUUUGCCUAGAUGGUGAUAUCGGUUCUGGUCUGUCGGAGGCUAUGAAAGGUCUGAUUAUCAAGAGUCUGAGUCUGCUUGGUAGGUAUGGACGUUUGAACGUGAAUCGUGUAGAGUCGUUGUCUCAGUUACUAUCAUCGCUCAUACAGAUGGAAUCGCUAAGUAUUACAUUGGAGCAAGAAGAUUUCAAAGUAAAUCAUGAAAAGUCGUUGUCUCAGUCACUACCAUCGCUCAGCCACCUGGAAACGCUUAGUAUAAGUGUGUCUGAAGACAGUGCUGGUCUGUGGGAGACUUUUUAUUGUCCGGAUAUCAAGAGUCUGUGGGACAGUUAUGAAUGUUUGAAUGUGAAUCAUACAGCUUUAUUGUCUAAGUCAUUAUCAUCACUCACACAGGUGGACACGCUUAGUAAUGGGGUCUAUGAAGACAGUCCUUGUCUGUGGGAGGCUCUCCGUGGUCUACAUAUCAAGAGGCUGAGUCUGCUUGAUAAGUUGGGAGGUUUAAGAGUGAAUUAUGACGAGUCGUUGUCUAAGUCACUAUCAUCGCUUAAACAUCUGGAAAUGCUUGGGCUAUAUGUGCAUACAUACACAGACCUGCAGCUACCUCAAGCAUUGAAGUAUUUUAAUAUCUACUGUGAUACAUUGCGUCCAUCCAAAUUAAGCGCUCUAUUGAACCCACUGCUUGAAUGUACUCGCACAAUUGAGAUAAAGCUGGAUUUCGGCUGGACUUCAUACGAUGGUUCCCAACUGCAGGAAUAUAUUCAAAUUCAACAAGAACUGGGUACGCGGAAGAAUGUUAUAGUGCGACGAUUCCAAAUAUACGACCUGGCACGUGACAUUGGUUGUGUUGAUGGCGAUGUUGACCUAUGUUUUAACGACAAUUUAUAUACAACAUUCGCUGAGCGUAUGGAUGUAUGCAAAACUCAUCGAAUUUCAAUGCGACUUAAGAUUUGUCCAGUCUCAAUCUAAUACAUCAAUUCAUGAUGUUGUAAUAAUAUGCAUUAAUUUGUUAUUCAUUACUGGACGCGUGUUGAUACUUAGUAAAAAUCGAAAAUUACUUGAUAUUAUACGUAAAGCGAUGCAGUCGGUUGUGUCAUACAUGAAAUGAAGCUAUCAAACUAUGCACGUGUUUUUUCCUUGCCGUUUGAGUGUUAUUGGACAACAACAAAAAGUAGAUAAAACAAUUUUCACUUAAAAAUGAUCCAAGUCAUAUGUAUUGUAUUAAAGUCUAUUUAAAUUAACAUUCAUAUGUGUUCCAUGUUUCUUCAAUCUCAAAAAGAAAUUAAUUCGUAUGAGCAUUUUUAUUUUGAUUAUGGAUCAUUUAAAAAGGACGUCAAUGAUGCCUCUCAUAGUGAGUAAAUGACGUCUCAUGUAUGUAUGCAAAUCAAAGAACACAAUAACGAGAUGUAAUUUGCUACAACAAAGAAAGCAGCAAUCUCUGAAACACAAUUAGACGUUACAUUUUAUAACGUGUAUGUUUUGUUUAAUGUUAUUUUAUAUUUGUUGUAUCAAUAUAUUUGUGUCGGAACAUAUUGAUACAUUGUUUUCUAGUUCGCGAUUAUUUAAUUAUACGCGUUGCGAACCGAUUUCAAAACGUGUAACUUGAGCUAAAAUAUUGCAUUAAAUCACAGUGUUUAUUUCAUUCGUUUGCUAUGAAAUUCAAACCGACUGAUAUGUUGUAUAAUCAUAUUUUGGUAUGUAUUUGUUUGCUCGGUAUGAACAAUGCUUGUCAUUUUGAUGUUUAAGUUUGCUAGUACAGUACUCGAAAAUGAUGCCAAUUAACAAGUAUCGAGUUAAGAUUUAACAAGAAAAUGAAGAUUCUUAUUUCAAAUUACAUACAGUUUCAACAGACAAUAUGCAUGUUCUCAAAUAAUUAUGUUUUACAUGUAAUACUAUCAAAGUAUGUAUGAAUUACUUGUAAUGAUUAUCGGCAGUUGCUUAUUGCUAAAUAAAUGCACAUGCAUUUAUCUUUUGAAACUGAUUGUAUAAUAUUUACGAUUGCAUGUAUGAGAUAAAAUUAAAUAGUUUUACAGUUACAGUUUAUUGUCGUUGACUUUGUUAAGAAUUAUGAUUAUUGACGUUUUUACGUUGAUUAUGUAUGUGUAAAAAUAAUAGUAUCUGUUGAUGAUGCUGGAAGGUGUUGUUGAUGCUGGUGCUGCUGCUUCUGCUGAUGAUGGUGAUGAUGAUGAUGAUUAUUAUUAUUAUUAUGCUUUAUUAUGCUCAGCUAUUACCUUUGACCCUUAAUUAAGUGUGAUCUAAAUCCAUGAGCUAGGCUGACUGAUGUUACACGCGACAUGCCGUCUCCAUAGUGUUAACAAUUGCAUGAUGUAAUGCGCAAUUACACAGUUGGACAAGCUGUAUAUUUACAAACUUUGAAAUUUUACAUUUAAGUGUGACAUUGUCCAAAUAAUGUUGACUUUGCAUAUGUUGCCUUGUUAAACUGUUUUAUUAAAUAGUUGAAACUCAAGUUACAGGUCACACAAAACAAACACUUGGGAAUUCCACUUUAAACUUAGGUCAAGUAUAGGUAAACGACAGUUAUUGUUUUAAUAUAAGUUGUUUGUCAAUUGCAAGCAGUCAGCAAAACAUCUCUAUAUAUAAUUUUCCUAGUUUGAGCGCAACGAAUUAGAGGAAAAUUAAUUUCCUUUGCAUACGAAAGUCUCCUGUAGGGGUCGCUCAGUGUAUUGUUUUGGCGGGUAAAUAUGCUCGUGGAAUAGCCAUUCGGCUUUGAGAUACGAACCAGAGAACACGUUAAUUUUCGUAAUAUUUUAUUGGAUAUAAAAUAUUGACUAGUUUUCUCGUGAAAAUGAUUAUCUGCAUGAAUAUAGUCUGUUGUUGUUUUUUGUGUGUAAACUAUAUGAGCGUUAUUUUAUGUAUGAGUUAUGAAAUAUAUAUAAAAAUGUGAAUUGUUCACAUUUGUUUAUGUCAUACGUUAUAAUGUGUCAUCUGGUCGUACGCAUAAAUACCAAAAUACAAGCUGUAUUUUCAAUUUA